AGGAUGCGAAGCUCAGGACGUGGCGCUCUCACUGCCUCGUCAGGAUGCUGCAUCAUCAUCGCCAGCACACAGCCUGCCGUCAUCACGAUGUGAGGCCGCCAGUCAGCCGAAUAGUAGAAAACGGAUGUGGAUGACCAACUGUGCAUUGCUACUCACAAUUUCCGUGGCCUUCGAACUUCGGCGGACACUCGCCAACUUGAGGCAUACACGCCAAAGCCCGCAUCAGCAAAGUGCACCAUCGCCACCAAUUCGAGCCAGGCAUCAGGACAAUGGAGGACGCCACCACUUCUCCCGAUCCGCUGGGACUUGUCUCAUCUCUCUACGGCCCCGGCACGACUGGCGCUUGGAUGCUGUCGGGCCUGGCGCUGCUGCUCUCUUGGUCACUUGAGCGCAAGACAAGCGACGACUGGGUGCUGAGUGCUGACCUCGCCGCAUUCCUGCUCAUCCCCGCCGUGGCUGCUACCGAUAUCUUCUACCAGCUGUCUGGAACGUCUGAAGCCUUCCGCGGCGAUCCGACCGACACAACAUACUCGGCGCGUCAGAUGGCCCUGCAGGCGCCCUUCGUGCUGUGUCAUGACUUUGUCGGUGCCAUCAGCUUGCCGUGCGCCUUCAUGAUUGUCGCCAACCUGCGCGUAGGCGGCCCGCUGCUCAAAGCCCGCCUCGCAUGGCUGAUCCCCGUUCAAAUGUACUGCACGCUUGCAGUCAUGGUGGCCUACUCGGCGAACUCGGCGCGAGCUAACUACCAAGUUGUGCCCCUCGGCGGGUGGUCGUUCCACGUCGGAGACGGCCAGCAUCUCGUCAUCACGAUCAGGGCCGCCGAGUUCUUGUUCCAUCCGGUGGCAUUGUUUGCAGAUGGCAAGCUGGUCCGACGACUCGCCGUCUAUAACUGGGUGAAGAACGGGUUGCCUCACUUGCUUGUCACGCUGAUCUACUAUGUCUUCUGCUGUUGCGACAGCGUGGCUGUCAUGAUCCACUUCGCCAUGUAUACGGGGCUGAUGCCGCAGUCGGCGACGAAACUGGGCGAGCUGGACCAGACGAUUGCGCUCGUGGGCGGGUUUCUUGUGUUGGGAUCUUCAGUCAGUAGCAUCGUGAGGAGCUGGCAUCGGCUUCUAGACGAGGGGGAGACCAUGUGGUCAGUCCUCGGUCGAAGAUUGGGUCUGCUGUCCGACCCGAGCCUGGGCCAGCAAAGCUGGCCUGCUCCACAGAGAUAAGCUGUCUGACACGAGUCCAUCGACGAACUCUGCUCCCGGGUCUCAGGGAUUGACCGUGAUCGGCGACUCUAUUGCACACGGGACUUUCAUAUAGAGUAGGCCGUCAGAUCAUCAAGGAUCGCCUAGCGGAGCAUGAAUGCUGGUGAAUACAGGUCGUUCUAAGUGAAGAUAUGUGAUGAGCAUUAGGUUUCUCGCCACGGCAUACGAAAUAGCGACCACUCAUCUGGCGAAUGACGACUAGCGCAUCACAGGCCAUCGAAUCGAAUUACUUGCUGGAG